UGUGAAUGAAAGAUCUUGAAAUUGGUUCUGUGGAUUGUCAACUUUUCUACUUCAUUUACAAAAUAUAUAGUAGUUUAUAAUCCAACACGGGCGUUAUUUGCAAUUGCUACAACAACAGCUAGAGAGUUUAAUCAUUUGAAUAAAUUUAUGGCGACCAAUUUACUGAUAAAUCCUAUGAAACUGCGCUUUUAUCUAGAAAGAUACAGAAAGGAAAACGAAUUGAUAAAUGUGAGAGAAACGUUUGUGCCUACUACUCGUAUAAAAUCGUUAACUGGCAAAUUCUAUGCGAAACACGAUGUUUUCUCUCCGUCGGAUGUUAGAAAAGACGACAUCCACUUGAUUAAACGACAGACGGAGAUGAUACCCAAAGACAUUUAUUCGUUUAGACCGCCGACAGUAAACAUGGAAUACGGCUGGUUCACCGCAUCGCUAGUGCCCAUCUCGAAAGAUCCAAGAUUACACUUCUCCAGAAAACAAUCGGAUUUUAUCCGCAAUGAACUCGUACGUCGAAAACUGCAGAGAGGUCUGCCAGAAAAAAGAUUUGCUGGCGUGCCGUUUAGAACAUAAAUAUUUGAGAGACGUGUGUCAUUUCAAACAAAUAGAAAAUGGAAUAAAAAGUUGUUUUUAUAAAU